AUGGCCGUGUCAUCAUCAUCAUCAUCAUCAGACAGUAACCAAGACACCAAAAAAAAUAUGCUUAAAGACUUACAAUAUUCACUCAGUCGCCUAACUACCGAUGUCAGAACUCAAAUGGUUCGAAACAAUCCGCUCCAGAGACAAGACACAAAGGCACUCUCGAUGUGGAUUUACAAAGAACGUACCGAUCUUGCUUCAAUGCGCUCAUUGUCUUAUCAGCAUUCAGAGACCAAUCGCAUGUUGAUGGAGUGGGCCACUGAAGAAAGACAAGAAGCAGGACCUGAUAGCCGUGACCUCGAAGAUAUUGUUAGUAAGCUGUGCAAAUUAUUGGAUAAGCAAGUUGAUCUCGAAAAGCAAUAUGCUGGUAAAUACAGACAGUAUCGCCAUGCUAUAAAGGCAAUCAGAGAAAGAGAGGAACAGUUAUCCGAGAUGCGCGAAAAAAAGAAGACUCUUCAGGCACGGAUCACACACCUGGCCAAGACCAACCCCAAGUCGCCAAAGAAGAUCGAGUUUCAAAAGGAACUCGAUGCUUUGCAGAAAGACACCCUAGAGACCGAGAUGGAGAUGGGCGAUUUCAAACGGUUUGCACUUCGCGAGGCAUUCUAUCUGCGGUUCAAUGCGAUGAAUGAAUUUGCUGAAAAGUCAGCAAUCCUGGCAGGAUUUGGAAACUAUCUGGUCGACCUCCUCGAUAUCGACCCCACCCCGGCUGGCCAGACAACCCGCAGACCAUAUGAGAACGAAGAGGUGGCCAGCACAAUCGUCCAGGACUGUCUGCUGGCCCUCGAGGCCUGGAGUCCGGCGGAGGGAGAGCAGAGAGCAACCCUGGCUAUUCCAGGAAUGAUGGAUUCUGACACGAUGAGUAUGGAUGAUGCCAGUAGUGUAUAUACGAUGGAUCAAGAGAGUGGCCAGCUCAAAGCAAAAGGCGACCAUUACUUUUAUCAGCCCGAGUACAAUACAAGCAGUAGUUCGUUUGGACCUAGCUUACCGCCAAGAAGAUCUUUCCAACAGCCACCAAGCCACCUCUAUUCCUUGGCAAAUCCGAGCCAGGACAGAAUUCCUUACCCUCUGUACGACAAUGUUCCGCCGCCUGCCUAUGGUAACGAUGACAGCUCAUCCAGUAAACAACAUGAGGAUAAGCAGUUGGUUGAGCCUGGGGUAUUUGAGUCACCUUUCCAGUCCCACGCCCAUUUGGGAGCAAACAACAUGAACAUCAAUAUGAACGCCAGCACUAGCAGUAAUAGUAUUGGAAGCACGGGUAGCAACGGUAGUGGUAGUGGUAGUGGUAGUGGUAGUGGUAGUGGUAUUGGAGCACCAGGAUAUAACAGCUCUCCAUUCCUGCCACACUCGUCAUUACAUGGUAGUGUAGGAGGAGGAGGAGAACCGGUCGGAAUGUACCCCCCUCAACAAUAUGCUGGACCAGUGUCAUACCAAACAAACUAUCAACAACUGUUCCGCCACGUCUCUAUGCGCCAACAACAGGGAGGUGCCCAGCAACGGACCUAUAGUGAGUUUCAGCAACAAUUCAUGGGACCGCCUGGAAGUAACGGCAGUGGUGGACCGGGUAUACCUUACCGACAGCGCAUUGACGCCGGAGGAUUCAGGAUUCCGCCACCGCUAGAAGUCGAGCCUGUGCUUUCGGCUGAGGAAGAAAAAAAGCAGUUGAGUGAGCGAUAUGCGGCUGAGGAAGAGGCGUAUCAGAAAGAGAUUAAAGAAGCGCAAUCGAUAAGUGAACAAGAACAAGAACCAAAAGGAAAAGAAAUAGAAGGAGUGGAGGGUAAUGGCAGUAAUGAUGAGCUAUCGUUAUCAUCAUUACCACCAAAGGUACCCCAACACAGUCAAUCGACAGAACUAUCGGAUCCUGUUGAAAAUGAUGAUGUUUUGGAACCAAAAGAAAAGGAACAAGAAUCUCUGGUUUCCGAAAAGUCUGGCAAUGAGAGUGACAAUGUUCAGCAACCUCAACCUACCGAGAGUUUGAGUUCGGAUGCCAAAUCCAUUGAAUCUACAAAGGAACCAGAAGUUUUAAAUACAGAGACUAUUCUACAUAAGCCUCAUGAACAAGACACAUAAAUAAAUAAAUAAAUAAAUAAAUAAAUAAAUAAAUAAAUAAAUGGGUAAAUGGGUAAAUC